AUGGCCGCCGAAACCCUUGAAAACCCGAUGGCCGCCGCCGUAAUCGAGCGCUGCCAAAUCCAGCCGUCGCCGGACACCGUGGCGGAGCUGACUCUUCCCCUUCUCCACUUCGACAUCGCCUGGCUCUACUUCCACCCCCUCAACCGCCUCCUCUUCUUCGACUUCCCCUGCUCCAUAUCCCAUUUCCUUGACACCGUCGUCCCCAACCUCAAGCGGUCCCUCCUCACCACCCUCAACCACUUCCUCCCCCUCGCUGGAAACAUUGUCCACCCCGUUGGCCCCGGCCGCCCGUUCUCCCGGUUUGUCGUCGGGGAUUCCGUCUCGCUCACCGUCGCCGAGUGCCACAAGGACUUCCGCCACCUCACGGGCAACCACCCCCGGUCCUGCGAUGAGUUCUACGCCUGCGUCCCCCAGCUCCCGCCGGCGAGGCACGCCCCGGACGCCGUCGUCUUCCCCGUCCUCGCGCUCCAGGUGACCCUGUUUCCUAAUCACGGUGUCUGCCUCGGGUUCACCAACCACCACGCCAUCGGCGAUGCCAGCACCAUCGUCCGGUUCGUCAAGGCGUGGGCCUCCGUCAACCGGUUCGGCGGGGAUUCGCGGCUGGUCGACGAGAAAUCGCUCCCGUUCUUCGACCGGACCGCCGUGGAGGAUCCGGACGGUCUGGAUUCGAUCUAUUGGGAACAGAUGAAGAGAUCCAAACCCCCCGACUCCUGGCCGUACAAAUUUCCCAUGAAUAAGGUCCGCGCGACCUUCGUCGUGCGGCGGGACGACGUCGAGAAGCUCAAGGGGUUCCUCCUGACCAGGAGGCCGGAGAUGCACAUCACGGCGUUCACGGUCACCUGCGCCCUGGUCUGGGUGUGCCUCGUCAAGGCGGAGGCCAGGUCGGUGGCGGACGACGAGCCAGAGUACUUCGGCUUCGCCGCCGACUGCCGCGGGAGGCUGGAUCCGCCGCUCCCGGCGACGUACUUCGGCAAUUGCCUGGCGUUCGUCAAGGCCGAAUCCACCCACGGGCUGCUCCGAGGCAAGGAGGGCUUCCUAAUCGCGGCGGAGAGCCUAGGGUUAGCGAUACAGAGGACUGUGUACAGCGAGAAGGGGAUUUUGGACGGGGCAGAGGAUUGGCCGAUGGAGUUCCGUAAAAUGACACGGAAGCGGCUGUUCGGGGUGGCGGGAUCGCCGCGGUUCGAUCUGUACGACGCUGACUACGGCUGGGGACGGCCGAAGAAGUUCGAGUCGCCGUCGAUCGAUCGGGAGACGUCGAUGUCGCUGUGUAAAUCUAGGGAUUACGAGGGCGGGCUGGAGUUCUGCCUGUCGAGACCCAAGAAGAAAUUGGACGCGUUCGCGGCUGUUUUUAUGCAGACGCUUAGGAAUCUGUAG